AUGUCUAAAAUUGACAAGCUAUCCAUCCAGGGCAUUCGCUCUUUUGGUGGCAGCAGGGAGACAAUUUCCUUCUACACUCCCUUGACACUCAUCGUCGGUUACAACGGCUCGGGUAAGACGACCAUUAUCGAGUGUCUCAAGUAUGCGACCACCGGCGAGCAACCUCCGAACAGCAAAGGCGGUGCUUUCGUCCAUGACCCCAAGCUCUGCGGAGAGAAGGAAGUCUUGGCCCAAGUCAAGCUUGCGUUCACAUCAACUAGCAGCCACAAAUGCGUUGCGACACGAAGCCUUCAGUUAACCGUCAAGAAAACCACUCGAUCGCUCAAGACUCUCGAGGGAUCACUAGUGUACAACAACCAUGGCGAGCGUACCGUCAUUUCAUCCCGGGUCGCCCAGAUGGAUGAAUUCAUCCCGAGAGAAUUGGGCGUUUCCAGAGCAAUCCUCGACUACGUCAUCUUCUGCCAUCAAGACGAAUCUCUCUGGCCCAUGAGUGAGCCUUCGGCCCUGAAGAAGCAGUUCGACCAGAUCUUCGAAGCGAUGCGAUACACCAAAGCCAUUGACAACCUCAAGGUUCUCAGAAAGAAGCAGGGCGAAGAACUUGCCAAGCUCAAGAUCUUUGAGGAACAAGACCGAAUCAAUAAGGAGAAGGGCGACCGUGCCGAGAAGCGAUCUAUGGCAUUGCAGAACGAUAUCGAGAGCUCCAGGGACAAGUGCAAUGCCCUCACAGAGGAGAUGGAGGAGCUUCAGGAGCAGAUCCGCGAGAAGCACGAGCAGGCCAACAGCUACUUGAGCAUCGUCAAUGACCUCAAGUUCAAGAGAGAUCAGCUCAGCUACCGCGAAGGAUCCAUCGCGGAUAUCAAGAUGACCCUUGAAGAGCUUUCCGAGACCGACGAAUACCUGGAGAAUGCACUUGCGCAAUACGAAGAGCGCAUGUCUCGGUACCAAGAAGAAUCAGAGCAGAACAAGGCCCAAUAUUCGGAGCUGCAAACGGAUCUUACACAGUCUCGUCGAGAACAUUCAGCGAAGCUCGCCGAGCAGGGAAAACACCAAUCUGACAAGGACAAGUAUGAACGGCAACUUCAGUCCCGUAUGCACUUGGUCCGAGAUGCAGCAGAACUUCACGGCUUCCGCGGCUACGAUGGUGAUUUGAAGGACAGUCAGAUCAAGGCGUUCAACGAGCGCAUCCAGAAGCUACUAGCUGAGAAGAAGCGUGAUCUCGAACGUCUACAAAAGGAGAACGCGCGUGAGCUAGACGAGGCGACCAAGGUCAUUACGGAGCUGGAGGGCCGGAAGGCAACCACGACGCAAAACCGUGUGUUCGCCAAGCAACGAAUGGGUGCCAUUGAGAAGCGGACCAAUGUCUUGCAAAUGGACAUUAAUCGUCUGGACAUUGACGAGGGCGCCAAGGCCGUUUUAGACAGCCAAUUCGAGGAUGUCGAAGGCAGGUUGAAGAAAGCUCAGGAGUCCUUGAGUAGUGCCGACUACGAUACUCAGCUCAAGUCGGAAAACGAGAAGCUGUGGCAACUCGAGAGCGAGACGGAAAAACUUGGACGCGAAUUAAUUGAGUGCACCAGACUUGCCUCGGAGCGGGCACAGCUGGAUUUGAGAAAGAAAGAGCUGGCAGAUCGCAAGCGAAAACUGGAGACCCUAGCCACCACAUGGAAGCCCAAGUUAGACACGCAUAUUGGCACCACUUGGCAGACCGACACUCUCGAGGCCCAGUUCCACGAUGCCGUGAAGCGCCAGAACAAGGUUGUUUCUGAAGCUCGCCAGAAACGGGAUACUGCGCGGGACAAGCAACAGAAGGUCGACUUCAGACUCAAGAGCGCCAAAGACAUUGGUUCCAAAAAAACCGAUGAAGCACAACGUUGUCGGACUGCGGUCGUUGGUGCUUUGCAGGCGGUUCGAGACGGUGCAACAAUUGAGGAUUACGAAGAAGAAGUCAAGAUGCAUGAGGAAGACGUGGAGACGUACACCACUGAUAUCAGCCUUCUUGAUGCUUUGGCGGAUUACUACCGCGGUUGUCAAAAGACCCUGCAAGACAAGAACAAAUGCCGGCUGUGCGACCGCAACUUUGAUGACAAAUCCAACGUUUCCAAGUCUCGCUUCUCAGACAAGUUGAUCAAGUUUCUUGAUCCCAACAAGAAGGAAAAGGCAGAGGAAGAUCUCGCCAACUCUAACGCCCUACUCGGCUCACUGCGGAAGGUGAAGACGCAGUACGAAACGUACCAGAGGCUGAUGUCGGAGCUGCCUCCUCUCAAGGAAGAGGUUGCUUCUUUCGAAGCGGAAUGUGAAACUCUGGGCCGGCAGCUCGAGGAGCAUGACGCCGCUGUCAGCACCGAGGAAGGUAAACUGAACGACAUAGAGUCUCUCAACAAGACUGUCAUCAACAUCACACAAGUUUUGAAGGACAUUAAAGACUCCGAAGCGCAGGUUGACAGAAUCAUGUCUCAGCAAUCAUCUGGCAACGUCAGCAGGAGCGCUGAUGAAAUACAUGACCUUCAGGCUUCAUGCAACGAACAGAUUCGAAUGAUAAAGGGUAAGAUCUCAAAGACGACGACGGAUUGGCAGCGGAUGAGGGACCAGGUGAACUCUCUCGAGCUGGAGAAGAGCGAGCUCCGGAAUAAGUUAAGCAAGGCCUUGAACCAGCUUGAACGUAAAAAGGACUUCCUGAACCAGAUCCAGACUUUAAAGGAGGAUCAGGCCCACCAACGAGACUUGAUCAACACCGCCGACCAGGAGCUAGAAUCUAUCGAGCCGGAGAUCGCCGAGGCCAGAUCAGUCCGGGACGAAACCUUGCAACGCGGCCGUGGCAAGGAACAGUCUGUUGCCGAGGAGCGCGACAAGGUUGCCGACUCCGUUACUGAGUUCAAGAUGGUUGAGAGUGAUAUUCAGGAGUACAUUGACCGGGGCGGCCCUUCCAACCUGGCAGCAAACCAGCGUGCUAUCGCUAGCCUCGAGAAGUCGAUUGCUGGUCUGGAGAAGGAAAUUUCGGACUUAACCGUGCGGACGAACAAGUUGAAGCAGGACAUUGAUAACGGUGAUCGCAAGAAGCAAAAUAUCAGCAAUAACCUGAAGUACCGCCAGAACCUGCAGCAGCUCGACAUCCUCCGCCGAGACAUUGCAGAACUGGAGUCUCGUGACGCUGACGAAGAUUACAAGUCGCUGAUUUCCGAAGCAAAGCACCUGGAGAACCGCCACAACCGACUGGUCGCCGACCGUGGCUCUAUCAUGGGGCAGAUGAAGACAAAAGACGAGGAACUUGAGCGACUCCUGGAAGAGUGGCAACAAGAGUACAAGAACUCUUCCAGAAAGUAUCGUGAGUCGCACAUCAAGGUUGAGACAACCAAAGCUGCCAUUGAGGACUUGGGCCGUUACAUUUCGGCGCUGGACACGGCUAUCAUGCGGUACCACAGCCUCAAGAUGGAGGAGAUCAACCGCAUCGCCGGCGAGUUGUGGCAGAGCACGUACCAGGGUACCGAUAUUGACACCAUCCUCAUCCGUUCCGACAACGAGAAUGCGACGACGGGCCGCCGCUCGUACAACUAUCGCGUCUGCAUGGUCAAGCAAGACACCGAGAUGGACAUGCGCGGCCGUUGUUCAGCGGGUCAAAAGGUCCUCGCCAGCAUCAUCAUCCGCCUCGCCCUCGCCGAGAGCUUCGGCGUCAACUGCGGCCUCAUCGCCCUCGACGAGCCGACGACCAAUCUCGACAAGGACAACAUCAAGAGCCUCGCCGAGAGCCUGCACGCCAUCAUCAAGGCGCGCCAGGCGCAGAGCAACUUCCAGCUCAUCGUCAUCACGCACGACGAGGAGUUUUUGCGACACAUGCGCUGCAGCGACUUCUGCGACAGCUUCUUCCGGGUUCGGCGGGACGACAAGCAGAACAGUGUCAUUACGAAGGAGAGUAUUACCAGGGUCUUGUGA